UACGCACAUGCACAUAGAAAUGUUCAAAGUCCAAAUAUUUGUUUCUUGGAUGAAGUUCAAGUUCAACCCUCCUGUUGGAGUCAUUCGUGCUGAGACAAAGUUUCACUUCCACCGCAUUUCGCGUGAACUCCACGCGAGCUCCGGUGAGCGCAGGUGAGGCAUUCCGAGCGCGUCAUGGCGGAGUCGCAGCUGCUGUGCCUGGAGGACGGGCUCAUGCCCCCCGCGGUGCCCGAGUCCCGGCCGCAGUUCUAUUACAGCGAGCAGCAGCGGGCGGCCCUGGAGCGCCUGAUCACCGACGGAGACGGAGCCUUCAAGAACCUCCUGAAGGACGAGAACGGACAAGACUUCCUGUCUGCGCGGGAGAUCAAGACCAUCACCGGCACCUUCGUCAAAUACCCGAGCGAGGAAGACGAUGGAGCGAACCGCGGCAGCCGAAACGACUCCGGGUCACUGCGCUCCACGUACUGGCCGCAGAUGUCGGACACCGAGGUUCCGCCGCUGGACAUCGGCUGGCCCUCAUCCGGGCUCUUCAAAGGGGUCACCCGAGUGUCAGUGUUCACUCACCCGCCCAAAGAGAACAGCCCGCACAUCAAGGAGGUGACCCGCAAACUCAUACAGGAGUCCUGCAAGGUCGUGGCUAUCGUGAUGGACCUGCUGACCGAUCUGCAGAUUCUGCGGGACCUGUUUGAGGCGUCCAAGCGCGGCGUGCCCGUCUACAUUGUGCUGGACGAUCAGGGAGCGCCGCUCUUUCUGGACAUGUGCAGCCGGCUGAAGGUCGGAGACAGAGAGCUGAAGAAUGUCCGGACUCGGACCGUAAAGGGAGUCGGGUUGAAUCUGUCCGUGGGGAAAAUCCCAGGAAACGUCCACAGCAAGUACAUGCUCAUCGAUGGAGAUAAAGUCAUGUUUGGAACGUACAGUUUCUCCUGGAGCUCUUCUCGGAUGGACAGAAACAUGAUCACGGUGAUGUCGGGGCAGGUGGUGGAUUUCUACGAUAAUGAUUUCCGACAGCUUUAUGCCAUCUCAGACAAACUGGACCUCUUUAAGGUGUUUCACAUCAGUAAGCCCCAAACGGGAACGGUGUCGCGGGCCGCCGUGCCCAAACGCCCCGAAGCAGCCACUUCACGCUUCCAGGUCAACCUCGGAGAUGUGAAAGUGCCUGCACACAAGUACCACAAUCCCAAAUACCUGCUAGCGCUCGGACAGAUCCCGGGACGCACGGAGCCGCUACAGGACUUCUUCAAUAAGAUGGAGCCGCCCGAUCCGGAGCUGGAGCCGGAGCCGGAGCCGGAGAAUCCCGCAGAAGAGCUGGAGAACCUCACACCUGUUCCCUCUCCACCCGAGAAGAAACAGUCCAAGAAAUUCAAAACACUGACAUUUAGCACAAAGCGGUGGAAGAAAGGGAAGAAGGACAAAACAAGCGACACGGUUAUUGAAGAGAGCGCGGCGAACCCUUCAGACGACGCGUCUAAACACACGCUUCCCAGAGACGAGACGCGGGACACCCUCAAAAAGAAGAAGAGAGGAUGCGGGUGCCUUUUUAAAAAAAGCUAAUGAGAGUUUUUUAAUCACAGCCCUUUAAACGAGCCACCUGUUAACCCUCAUUCGGACGUGUCUACAGAACACAGGAUUCCUGAUGUGUGUGAUACGAUCGAUGUGAGAACUCGAACCUCUCAGAUCAGUGUUCAAGUGUUUGACAGCGACAGUGAACCCUUCUAAUGAUGUACGAAACUGUGUUUCUGACGUCCGUCAUUCUGGAAGCGUGUGGAAAAGGGGAAAAUGGUGCAUAAAGAGACUUAAAAAAAAAAGGGUUUUAUAUUCUGGGUGACAUUUUAUGAAUUUAAUUUUUACAUUUUUCAUAAUCUGCCUGUAAAUGUUUGUAUCUCUGGGUAUACGGCAUAAAUCAAGAUUUUUUUUUUUUUUUUUAUAAAAGAUAUUUUUACAUAUAGACUCUGUGGUCUGUAGGCUUUAGACUUUGUAGCCUCUUUCAGAAAAUCAGUUUGAUACUUCAGACACUUAAAUGAUCAUUUAUUGUUGAUUUUUUAAUCAUUAAUCAUUUAGUUGGCAAUACUGAAUUUAGUUUUAGGUCAUCAAUACAUGGAUUUGUUCCGAUGAAGUAGACUAUGGUUUAUCAGAAGAGUUUUGAUCAUGUUGAUAAUUUCUAUGGCCUAGAAAUGCAUAUAAAUACUGUAUGAGACAGUAUGCUAAUAUAUUCAGUAGUUCUAACGCCUGUAAUAAACAGACAUUAUAACUAUUGUUUAAUAGAAUGUUACAACAAACAUUUACUUUAAGUUAAUUUGAGAGGAUACAAUGUUGUAGCACACAUUGCCAAACAAGCCUUCUGUUUUCAGUGAACAAACAAUAAAAUCAACAAUAAAAGUCAAUGAAGAAGCCCCGAACUUUAAA